GGAAAAAGAAGGAAAAAAGACGAAGGGAAAAAGAAGAAAAAAAAAUGAAGGAAAAAAGAAGGAAAAAGACAGGAAUAAAAAGCAAAAAGAAAAGAAAUGGGAAGAAGGAACCACCGAAUAG